AAUUGACCAGUAUGAAAUGGAAAUCGGAAAUUGACUCGAUGCGCGGGAAUGUAAACAAUUUGUAGUUUGAAUCAGCCGACUGACAAAUUACUUGGUAAAUGGUGUCGGAUAAACAUUUCACCAUCGACAUGUUGUUCUAUGAAGAUUAACUGUUUUAACAGUAGAUUUGAAAUGCAUAUACAACGCUUGACAACACGAAGUGGAAGUUGCUUUGUUUACAAAUGGCUUCACCUGUAAUCGGCUUAUAAACAACCUUGUUAUUUAAAAAAUAACAUUAAUAGCUAAAAAAUCACAUAAUGGAGAAAGCUUCGAGGGCCAUACGAAGGAGCAGUGCAAAGUUGAUGUCCUUUGGAACUGGAAAUGCUGACCUCAACGUUCUCAUGUCUGAGGUGAAGGAUAUGAGAAGUAGCGCAAAGUCAUUCAUGGGAGCUCAGAGCCUUGCAUCCAAUGACAUGCUGAGGUGGGCAGCAAAAGAAGAGAACAGAGCAAUUCAGGAUGUCGUGAACCAGAUAGCCGAGUUAAACACCCAGUGGACAGAUGUACAGAGAGACUUUAUAUAUCAUCUGAAGGAGUAUAGACAGAUGUUUGAGAUGAUAAUGGAGGGAGAGAAACAUGUAGGCCAGGCUAAACAGAACCUGGCACUGUGUGAGCAAAAGGAACUUAAGAUUAGGAAGGAGUUAAAGAAAGCAGCCAAGAGAGCUUCUGCACCAGAAAUUGGCAUGUUGGAGGGUCGACUGGGGCAGGCAGAGCGGGCGAGGGAAGUGGCUGAAGUGGAGGUAAGCGAGAGGGUCCGUGAGAACGAAGCUGUGAAGAUGAUCCGUAUGAAGGAGGGACUACUAAGAAUGUCAGAAGCAUAUGUAGAGCUUGGAAAUAAAUGUGCCAUGAUUUUUGAAGCACAAAGGGAUAUCGCUUUCCAGUUGCCAGACGUCCAUGGAAAAGAACUGGAGCAGGUUAAGUACUCUGGAGCCGGAGCCACACAGCUGUAUGUAAAACAGGCCAAAGAAGGUGUGAAGAAAUACAAAAGAAAGUCACAUCGACUAGAUCCACCACCAUUCUCUGAACGUCCAGACUACUCCAGACAUACAUCAGGUGAAGAACCUCCCCCUCCGUAUUACCCAAGUGACGAGUUCCUCAAUCGAAGCGAGAACAGCAGUGAUGGAAGCAAUCUUUACAGCCCAAUGACUACCGACAUACGAACGCCCGAACACCGACGAUCAUAUCCUAUGACAUCACCACGACACCUCACGGACCCUGAAGAGGAACUAAGCACAACUAUGGGGGCAUCUAAAUUGAGCUGAUGUAGUGUUGUGGUGUUUUUAGCAACAGAAAUUAUAUUUACCGUCGGAUAUUAGGAGUGAAGGCCUUAGACUUCUUAUUUGAACAAAGAGGAUUUUUUUAUACUAUACAGUGGAUCUGUGUAAUUGACUUGAAUUUAUGAUAUAAUGGAUUGUUGUUAACUAUUAAUGGAAUUUGCUUUGUCACUGUACUGGUUUUAUUGAAAGAAAUAUAACAUUUUUGACAUGUUGGUUUUAUUCUCAAUCUAGAUGGCUGCUAUUGGCAAAUAAAGAAUUCUGAACACAGAUAAUGUGGGCAAAGGUAGCAUGAAAAAGGGGACAAUGCAUUAAAGUGAAGUAUUUGAUGAUUGAUUGUAUACUCAGAAAUUAUGUAGUAUUACCAAAAAGUGUAUAAAGUUUAAAAUAUUCAUAAAAAUGCUUUGAUGGUUGAAAAGUCUACAAAUUAAUUACACAAGAGAUGGGUAAUACUGGAGAUUACCAGCCCAAUAGACCUUUUGUAUUUGAAGAAAAAGCAUCAAGGAGUUCAUGUUUUUUAUGCAUCAUUAUCGUAUAGAUAAGGGAUGACCUUAAGGUUCUAUUUGUAUUAAAUGUACAUGUGAUGAAUUUAGGAUAAGAGUAGAACUGUAGUGUAAUUUGUUUGUGUACUUCCUGGUAAACGUUUUAGUUAAGACAGAACAAAUAAGUCUAUGAGAUUGCAGCUUUUAGAAAUCUAGAAGUUUAGAAUGGAAAUGUUCCAUUUUUUUUUUUUUUUUUUAUUUACAUAGUUCAUUCUGUUCACAGUAUUUUGCAACUUCCCUGUCAGGAAAAAAGAAAGAAUAUAAUAUUUCUAGUCAUGAACUGCGAUCAAAUGAAAGGUAACCUGAGGUAUUGACAUUUUCAUAACAUGUAUAACGAGUUAUUAAAUUACUAACAGUUGUAAACUACUGAUUAAAAACACAAAGAAAAUGAAUUUCAUACAUGUAUAUUUAUAUACUGAUAACAAUAUUGAUUUAAUGAUAAUUUGCCAAAUUAUGGUCCCUUAUGUCGUUAAAAUUUAUUCUUUAUUGUCAUUAAUGUUUUAGUUUGUGGAUGUUAUAUAGAACAAAUACAUAUGGGUAUAUAAUUGGUCUUUCAACUGAUGUGUGUAGCUUUGCAUAACUAUUUAUUUUAAUGUUUUGUUGAUUUUUUUGUAUAUGUUGAUAUUACACUUGUUUUACUUGCCUUCUUUGUGUGGGAAUAUAUUGUGUUCUUUUCAAAACACUGAAAUUAAAUAAUUUUUUAAAGACAUCAAUGAAAUAUGCAAACAAGUAGUCAGCUAAUUUCUAAGCUUAUUGCUCAUUUAUUUCAUAUAGGCACAAGCAGCUUAUAAACAUACAUACAUGUACUUGUAUAAAUAUAUUCAGGGCUAUAUUCUGUAUAUAAAUAACAUAUUUGACUUAUGUCUGAUAUCUUUCUAACAUUCUAUAACUUUCUAUCUUGCAAGCAAAUUACUGACGUCAAUAUGGCCAGAAAUUGAAUAAAAUUUGAUUGAAAUUUAAUCUGUUAGAUUAAGGGAGAGAAAUCAUUCAGUUUGUCUACGACACCUCUAUACCAAAGGGAGAUAAUCAUUGGUCAGUCUCGCAUGUACCUCUUAUAACUUCAGUAUUGAUCACAAUGUUGUCUAAUAUACACCUAAUUUAACCUGAAGUAUUUUUGGGAGAUUUCUUUUGGGAUAGAUACACAAUGUCAUCCGUAGAUAUGUACAUAUACAAUUUGAUACUUAAUUAUGAUAAGAUAUUCAAAUCCAUACUGUAAUUCCCUUCAAUAUUAUGUGACUUCAGGAAAACUUGGUGUUUGUACGUAUCACAAAAGGAUUUCAUUCGAACUUUUAUGAUUGGUCCUUUGUUAUCACAUGCAAUCAUCAAUUUUAUCAAUAAUCAGAUUUACAAAAAAGAUUUGCAGUUUAGUUUGUAGGAUCUUGAGUUUUCAAAAUAUCACAAUUAUUUUAACAACAUAUUUAUACGAGAGUUUACUAGAUAGAGUACUGUGUUUUAUGUUCACAGCUUUGGUUAUUGUUUCAGACUUACCGUUGAAGUGCAAGAUUUUUUCAUGAAAUGGGGAUACAAAUUUGAUGAAUUUGUUGAUGGUUAUUCAAGUCUUUAGUAUUAUAUUUCAUGAUUUUUUUUCUUCUAAAUUUUAAUUAAAUUUAUCUGCACUAGGACCAGGUAAACAGCCUACAACUUGUAUGUUUAUUAUGUUAUCUGUAUAUAAAUAACAUCAGUUUGUCUAUAAUCUAUGACUCCAUUUGUUCCUACAUUCCCCGAACUCCUCAUAGAGUCCCAAUUCCAGCUACUUUCUUAUUUACUUCUCAUACAUUAAUGAUCCUGCUGUAUUCCGGGAAUGUAAGCCUAUACAUAGUAAUAGAGGCAUUCAGUAUAUUCCUUCAUAUUUAACUUACAGAUUUUAUAUGGCUUUAUUUCUACCAAUGGUGCUUUUUAAUAUUUAACUCCUUUCAGAACCUCUAUAAUCAUACAUAAUUUGUUUUUGUUUUGUUCAAUGAGAAACUACUAGUGUUAUAUUUGGAUUCUUGAAUUUUAUGUCGAGAAUUCAUUAUGCCUUUUACAAAUUGAAUUUGUAGCACGGUGUGGUGUUGUGGUAGUAUGUUCUCUUAACUGAAGAAUUUGAAGUUAAUUUUAACUGCAGGUGCCCUUAGGUGGGUUUAUUAAAUGACAACAAAAUACCUUUUUUUUUUUUUACUUUAAUGCUAUGAAAAAGCAAUGGCUAUGGCUGGGCUUAAGUUCAUUUUAGUGAAAACUUUAGCAUCAAAGUUCACUUUUCAGAAUCAUAUUAUUUGGUUUUGCUGAUUUCACUCUAGGCUAAAAUCAUUUUCAUUCAAUUAAAUAAGGUAGUUAAUGGUUGGAAUGUUGUUUGUUUUUUUGGGGUUUUUUUAUACGAUAUGUGGUAUCUUGAUAAUAUGGUACAAAUUUUAACAGUCCUUAUUAUGAAACUGGAGUUUUGAUUUCAUUGAUGAAAUGUGUUUUGAAUCAACGAUAAACUUAUACUCUAUUUUGGCUCACCAACCAAGGCUCAUCAGGAAAAAUGUAAUCUGUACAAAAAUGAAAAUUGGUCAACCGUCAAUUUACUGUUUAAAAGUUAAUUGCCAGGAACUUAUAGUGAUUUUGAUACUGUUACAUAUAGACUUCAUCAGUUCUGGUCUGAUAUUUAAAAUUAUUAUUUGUGAGAGUCCUAGAAUACCAAUGGUAAUGAAAUGCACGUAUAAACACAGAUUAUAAACAUUUAAUGGUGAGGGGAGCUUCCUCAACGUUUUAUAUUACAUACUAGUUCUACAAAGGAUUGUGAGGGUUAUUCCAGUAAUAUAUAUAUCUUACGGGAGAACUCCAAAUAAACAAGAACUCCAAAUAAACAUAGUCCAUGUGUUGUGGACAUUUGAAAAAAAUGUGUGUUAUAUGAUAUGGAGGAGUUUUUAAUUGAGAUCAGUUUUGUUGGUAGUUUCUGUUUGACAAACCUGGAGUUCUCCUGUUGGGUAGAUAGAAUUGUUCUCGACAUUUUAUCAUGUUUGAACACUGGAUGUUUAACUUGCUGGCACUGUUGUUAAAAUCUUUUAUUUUGUUUAUGUUCAUAAUCACUGGAUGAAAAACAAACUUUGUAUCUUAUAUCAUUUAAAUAUUUAUUAUUAAAACAACUAGAAGGAAA